AUGGACGGGCCACAGCCGGAGGCGCCCAACUAUGACUCGCUCAGCAUCGAAGACAAGCUCUCACACAAGGCGUGGAGCGGUCGUCAAGACGGCUAUAUAGCGCUCGCCAAGAGUUUCAGGCUUUCAGCAUCAGACGAUGAUCCCGUCUUUGACAUCUUCAACCGCGACGCUGGUCUCAUCAAGCGCGCAGUCUGUGACGCUCAUGCUGCAGCGCAAGAGCGCGCACUCGAAUGUGUACUUGCCUAUCUCACCUAUGGCCCCGCACAAGCGACUGCACGUUCCCGCGAAACCGUCGUCACCGCGCUCGUCGAGAAAUGCCUGGGCUCGGCUCGUGCAGGCACAAAGCUCAAAGCAAUAGAACUGGCGCUCGCAUACGUUGAGGUCGAUGAUGGCGCAGACGGCGUCAUCGCGGAUCUCACGCCCGGACUGAAAGCAAAGCAACCCAAGACUGUUGCAGCGACAGCUGCCGCGCUCAAAGAGAUUGUCAAGUACUUCGGUGUCAAGGGCAUAUUCGCUCCCAAAGUUGUUCUUGCCCUUCUGCCCAGCAUCUUUGAGCAUCCAGACAAGAAUGUCAGGGCAGAGGGUACGCUCCUCGUGCAAGAGCUGCAUCGCUUCAGUUGCACUGGUCUCGAUGCUGCUCUGUCGUCUCUCAAGCCUAUCCAAACGAAAGAACUGAGCGAGCUGUUAGCUACCAUGGACUCUGAGGGAAGUGGAAAGGGCUCAGGGCGCGCCACCCGCCUCACACGGGCAGAACAGCGCCAAAGGACGAUACGAUCAGCCGAGCAAGCCUUAGAAGGCUUUACUGGUCUUGCGGGGAGCAUAGACGAGAGAGCCGCAUCGCCGGCCAUCGUCGCUGCAGCUGAAGAAGAAGAAGACAGCGAUGAAUGGGAAACAGCCGAGCCUGUAGAUGUGCUAGCAAAGAUACCCGAGAACUUCGAGACUCAAGUCGUUGCGGUCAAAUGGGACGAACGUAAGGCAGCUCUCGAGCCCGUCCUUGCGGCAGCAAAAGUCGUACGCAUAAAGCCACUCGACUAUAGUCCCGUCAUGCGCCUACUCGCAGGCCGCAUCAAGUCCGACAGCCAGUACCUGUGCCUUCAACUCUCUGCACAGUGCAUACAAGCUUUCGCAGCAGGCUUAAGAAGCGAUUUUGCGCCCUACAGACCCAUCGUCAUGCCCCCAUUGUUCGAGAAGCUCAAGGAGAAGAAGCAGUCGAUUCUCGAUGCUGUCACGUCUACACUCGACGCUAUCGCGCUCAUAACACCCCUGUUCGAGCUUUUGCCCGAUCUGGCUACAUACAUCAAGCACAAGGUUCCCGCUGUUAAGGAGCAAACGGCAAGGCUCAUCGGCAGGACGCUCGCAAAGACGCUGUCGCUGCCAUCACCGGGCGACACGAAGACUCUCGCGGCGCUUUUGGUCAAUGCCAUGGAAGACAGCUGCGAGCCAUUGAGGGCAGCUGCGGCUGAAGCCCUCGGCAUACUGCUGAAGCUAGUUGGUGAACGGCCCCUUGCAGCUACGAUCGACGGUCUCGACGAUAUCAGGAAGAAAAAGGUCAGAGCAGCUCAUGACGAAGCUGUCAUCGCCUACAAAGGCACCGGAGCCAAGUCAGCUCCAGCAGUAGCUCCAGCUGCUCGAGCCCAACCUGUAAGAGCCGCGCUGCCCCCUUCGAAAGCGACGAGCACACUCGCGAACAAGGAAAACGUUGCGCCUGCAGCAAAGUCAAACACGGGUGAUUUCAGAUCAGCCCCGGUUGCCAGGCCGACGCAACCUACUGCAAUUCGCCCAGCGGUCAAGGCAGUGCCUGCUAUGAGACCAGCAGCUAGCAAGUCGAGCGCGCCUGCCAUCGCCGCGAAGCCUGUCGAGCCAUUGCGAUUCAAGUUCAGCGCUGACGAUGUCGAACCAUACGCCCAGGACAAUCUUCCGCAACAGACAGUAGCCGGAUUCUCAUCCGCAGCGUGGAAAGACAGAGUCGAAGCGCUCACGGAACUCGAAAAGCUGGUAAAAGAGCAGUCUACCCUCGAAGCCGAAGCCGUAGUGCGCAUAUUAUCCAAGAAGCCAGGCUGGAAGGAGAGCAAUAUCCAGGUCUGGGCCAAGAUGCUGGCGGUCUUUCAGAGCUUGACAGUAUGCGAGACAUUCAGCAAAGCUUGUAUCGCCCUGACCGUGUCCCACGUCUCUGAGAAGCUCAGCGAAGCCAAGCAUAAAGCAGCCUUGAGCGCCCUCUUGACGACUUAUGCGGAGAAGACUUCGCUGCAGUAUGUCUUGGGACAAGCUUACGAACCAUUUGGCAAGCUCAAAGCGCCGAAAGCACAAGCAGAUGCUCUCGCAUGGGUCGAUGAAAGCCUGCGUGAUUUCGGCAUUGACGGCAUCUCGCUGCGAGAGCUUAUUGAAUACCUCAAAACGGGUUUAAAGAGCGCAAACGCAGCAGUGCGCGCUAACGCACAGAAGGCUGUGGUCACAUUGCGCCUGUACGUCGGACCAGAUCUACGUAGCCGCUUAGAAGAUCUCAAUGCCACGCUACUCGCCGCGCUUGACAGCGAGUUUGCCAAAGUGGCAGAACAGCCUCCACCAGAGCCUACCCGCUUCAGCGCCGAAUCGCAAGGGCCAAGCAAAGCUGCAGCCCCGAGUUUAGCACAACUGGAUGCUGAGGAAAGCGAGGCAAUACCAAGAGUUGCACUUGAUAAGCUCAUUCCCGCUAGCGCUCUCGCGCAGCUUGACGAUGCUAAUUGGAAAGUCCGCAAAGAACAGCUCGAGAUUGUGCAGCAGCUCCUAAAUGACAAUCCCCGGCUACAGCCUUCUCUGGGCGGCUUGCCUGCCGGUCUCAAGCUGCGCUUAUCCGAUAGUAAUCGAGUCGUGCAGCUUCUUGCCCUGAGUUUGCUGGCAAAGCUCGCUAUCGCCGUAGGAAAGCCAUUCGAGCGGCAUUGCAAGAUAUUCGCGCCACCAGUACUCGCAGCGACUGCUGACGCGAAAGUCAGCGAGGCCAGCUUGGCUGCACUCAGUGCGAUGUCAGAAUCGUGCGGCCUGGCCGUACUUCUGCCAGCAGUCACGAAAGCUUUCGAGAAUCCUAACCCGUCAUUGCGAAAGGAGCUCCUUGAUUGGUUGCAACCCAGAAGUGCAGCGGCACAAGCCGAUCUCAAGCCACUCGUGGCGCCCAUCCUGGCAUGCUGUGAAGAUCGCGCCCCAGAAGUACGCAAAAGCGCGCAGGCUCUGCUGCCUGCAGUCGUCAGUGCCGUGGGACCUUCUUACGUGCACAGUCAGACGACGUCGAUGAAACCUGCCACACGAUCCACGCUCGCGCCUCUGAUCGACGCAGCUGCAGCUAGCAGCAAUGCGAACGCUGAGCCCCUCGUAGCAGCGCCGCCCGCAUUGGUGCAGAUCUCCCCGGUCGUCAAAAGUCCUCCGCGAUCGCCAACGCCUGGACCUGUUAGAUCAGGUUUGUCAACCCGGCCGGCGUCGAUGUCGACCAGACCGCCCCGAGCCAGCCUGACUUCGGGUCUCGCGCCGCCCGCGCAGUCGAGCUUCAAUGAGGAAACGGCAGCAGAUUUGCCCUGCUUUGCGAGCGGCAAUGCCGAUGAUAAGCUUGCUCGAGCGACGCGCGACGUUGGCUUCGCGAAAUGGGGCGUCGAUGGUCCAUCGAGAGCCGAUUUGAUCGAUUCCCUAAAGCAAGCAUUAGCGGGCUGUCUCGAGCCAACUCUCUAUGAAAAGCUCUUUCGAGCAGAUCAUCACUCGGAACGCGAUACUUUGCUCGGCCUUGACCUGCUUAUCCGACCGCUGGUCCCAACCGAGAACAUCAUGCAAAGAGACAGAGCUACCUUCCUCGCGAAUGCCGAUCUCCUCUACAAGUACAUUACCUUGCGGCUGGCCAGCACGAGUACGAGCAUCAUUCUGCGCUGCUUCGACCUAUUCGAUGCUUUGCUAUCAAUGACCUCCGCUUGCGAUCAAACGUUGUCGGACUAUGAAGUCUCUGUUUUCAUGCCCAGCCUCGUCAUCAAGAUCGGGGACGGCAAAGAGACAACGCGCCAGCGAGUGCAUACGGUGAUAAAGUCGAUAUGCACUCUACAUCCGAACAGCAAGAUAUUCACGACAUUGCUCGAGCACGGUCUCGAGAACAAGAAUUCGCGCGUACGCUCGGAGACAUUGGAGGAGGUUGGACAUAUCCUCCAGCGAAACGGGAUCAGUGUCUGCCAGCCUGCGCGCGCGCUUCCUCGCAUCGCAGUGCUGAUCGAAGACAAGGAUUCUACCACGCGGUCCGCGGCACUCACAGUUCUUGCAAUCGCAUAUCCAAUGCUAGGCGAUACACUCUGGAGCAAUGUAGGCAAGCUAUCAGACAAGAGCCUAUCUUUACUCGAAGAGAAGCUCAAGCGAACUCCGACGGGAUUGGUCUCGCGAGGACAGAGCUCAAGUAGUGCUCCAUCGACGCCGUCGCGCAACCCUACUCGUGCCAUCAAUGGCACGCCCGCAAGCAUCAGGCAGGCAUCAGUGUUGCCGGGCUCCUCGAAUCGAAUGCCGUCCGUCAGCCGCGCAGGAUCGGGCUCUCUACCCAACAGCGGAGCUGUGACGCCGCAGCGACGGCAGUCGGUCCAGACAGAGCGCGCAGCGACAGGAAGCUAUCAGGAGACUAUCCAGCAGGCUCGUCAGCCUGAUCUCGACCUCUCGGACAUGGACACUUGUGUUGACUGCAUGCUCAAUCAAGAUCCUCAGAUUCGAAACUCUGCGCUCAAGGCAGCAGCCCAGAUUGCUGCCAACCGACCGGCCGAGGUACUGCCAUACGCCGAAGUCGUUGCUGCCUCGUCGACGCGCAUUCUGCGCGAAGUGUUCGAAGACUUGUCUGACGAAUCGCCCCUACUGACAUUGAAAGGCGCCAAAUACGUGCUCACAUUGCUGAACAGCAUGUUUGACAAGGCUAUACUCGCUCAAGCUCUCACAGUUGGCACACUCACAAGCAUCAUGGCAGAGCUCAUUCGCCGUCUGCUCGAGACCGAGCCAUCUGUCGCUGCAGGUACCGCCAUUGCUGGCCUGCAUAAAACGUUAAACACGCUCCUUAUCCGCGUUUUGUUGCGUUCUGAACGUACCGUGUGUUUUGGGGCGCUGCUCGCACUUCUGCUAGACGCUGCUCAGCCCUUGCGGGAUCUCGAGGGUGUGGAACUCGAGUUACGUGCCGCGUAUGCGGAGCUCGCAAUGAAGUGCACAUGGCGUAUAACUAAAGGGCUUGAAGACGACAUCAAAGCAGGCAGAAUUGACGUCAGUCAGCUCCUGCUCGAUGUGCAUCUCUUCAUGAGCGCGAUUGGUCAAGACGAGUGGCGCAGGCGAGCAGCUGACGGGGUCAAACUCGCUGACGGUCCACAGCGUGCGGUCAAGACUAUCAUCGCUACUACGCUAAGAGUACUUGGCACAUCUGUGUUCCAGCAGACUCUACGCAUCCCAGAUGCCGACUCUUCGCCGGUUCUCGAAUAUCUCACCCGACAAGCAACGGCCGCAAAGCUCUUGACGCAACCGCUCCCUGUUGCGAAUGGCGUCGUCGGUCAAGCAAGCAGCGAGAAGGCUCAAGUAGAUCCUCAUCUCGAAGCUGAGCGGCAAGAGCUCAAGCGUAUCUUUGACCGCAUUGGCGCAGCCGACACUCAUGCAGCAGGAAUCGCGGAGUUGUACGACUUCAAGCAGUCUCAUCCGGGCGGGGCUGCUCAGGAGUUCCUCGACAAGACCCAGCCUCAUUUCCAGAAGUACAUCGCACGGGCGAUGUCGAAUCUGGCAGACAGACGCGAACAAGAGCGUUUGAGUCGGGACGUAGACUAG